AUGGCAAAUGCUACAAACCCUACUGCUGCAAAUGUAACGCUUAAUCCAGAGCUUGAAUCAGCAUUAACACUGUCAAAUUCAGAUAAUCCUGGCAUAAAACUGGUUAGUAAUCCUCUCACUGGUCUAAACUACUUGUCUUGGAUUAGAUCCAUGAUAAUUGCCUUAAGAGCCAAAGAUAAGCUUGGAUUUGUUACAGGCAAGAUAUCUAAACCUAAUUCUGAUGCUCCUGAAUAUAAGAAAUGGAUAACAGUAGAUUCUAUGAUCAUUUCAUGGAUUUUAAACUCAAUUUCUAAAGAUCUAUCAGAUGGAUUUCUGUAUGCACCAUCUGCUCAUGAUCUAUGGAAUGACAUAGCUGAGAGAUUUGGGGAAAGUAAUGGUCCUUUAUUUUUCCAAAUCAAGAAAGAAUUGGCUAAUAUAAGCCAAGGAUCUAUGACUCUUGCUGCUUAUUAUAACAAAUUGAAAAGAUGUUGGGAUGAAUUGUCAGUACUUUGUCCCUUGCCACCAUGUGCUUGCGGUGCAGCUAAGGAAUUAACUACUUUUGAAGAAAGGGAGAGAUUGAUACAGUUUCUCAUGGGCCUGAAUCAUCAAUAUGAGCAUGUGUCUAAUCAGAUUUUGUUGCUUGAUCCAUUACCUUCUGCAAGUAAGGCAUAUGGAAUGGUACAAAAUGUAGAAAAACAGAAAGAAAUUCAAGUAACAUUUCCUGAAUCUUCUGACAUCACAACUGUUAUGGCUGCUCAGAGAUUCAACAACUCUAGAAGGCAAUCUUCAGGUGACAGUAAGUUUAAUUCUAAGAACAAAGCGGAAAGGUACUGUGAUUUUUGUCAAACCUCUAGACACUUGAAGGAGAAAUGCUUUAAACUCCAUCGCUAUCCAGAAUGGUUUUCUGACUUCAUGAAGCAGAAAUAUGGAGCAAAAUCCAACAAUACAGUGGCCUUUAAUACCAUAGCUGAAUCUCCUUUGGAUACUGAAACUACUAAUGCUCCUCAUACUGUCACUGACAAUAUGACAGAUAGUAUCUCCAGAAUAGUGCAAUUUGAGAUAUCAAAGGCUCUUAAAGGGAAAUCUAUCCAGUCAAGUGUUGAGGAGGUUUCCACUGCACAUCAUGCUUCAAGCUUUGCAGGUAUUGCUUCUGUUAAUUGCUCUAGCAACUUUAAAUGUAUGGAUAAAGGAACCUGGAUUGUUGACUCAGAUGCCACAGACCAUAUGUAA